UCCCAUCAGGAAGUCCCUCCUGCUCCUUAUGUAAAGUUUGCUCUGUGCAAAAGGCAAACUGUGUAAAGAGUUCAAUUUUCAACAGAGCGAUGGGAACUGAUUUGCCUUUUUUGCUGGCUGCAGUGUCUCUUCUGUCUGCCCUGCAUAUGGGCUACCUGGCCCGCCGGGUUGGUUGGUCUAGGAUGGCCCAUAAGGUCCUGCCUCCCGCAGUCACUGGACCUCCAGAGUUUGAGAGGACUUUCCGCGCACAUCAGAACUGUGUGGAGUUUUAUCCUUUGUUCCUGGUCAUAAUGUGGACCUGCGGCCUGUUCUUCAGCGAGGUGACGGCUGCUGCAGGAGGGCUGGUGUACAUGAUCGCACGACAAAUGUUUGUCAACGGCUACGUCAAGGCCACCAAGAAAAGGUUACCUGGGUUUUACCUGACUCUGGCUGUCAUGUUCACUCUGUCUCUACUGGGUUUGAUUGGAAUACUGCGUGGAAUACUACAAAAGUACUUUCACAUAUACCUCUGAAGAUUUCACCUCCAUCUACCUAUGCAAAACAUCCUAUUAAUGAGUAGGUCCAUGUGCAGAGACAGGACUGUCUCAUCUGUUAGCAGCUCUGCUGAAAACAAACAAACAAAC